AACCAGAGGAGAGGACGCGGCAGCCGCCGGCCUGCUGGGCCAAUCGGCAGAGGCGGGCGCCUGGUUUUUUUUCGGAGGGGGGCGGGCUGCAGGUGGCAGCUCGGGGAUCACGUGAGCGGAGCUGGUGGCGGGCGCCGAGGAGCAGGGAAAAAUGGAGAUGAAGCUGUGGUUGAUGUUAGUGCUGGUGCUUGGUGUUGCUGUGGUCUAUGCGGAAGAUGAUGAUGAUGUGGUUGAAGACGAAGAUGAUGAAAGCCCAGUAGAAAAUGAAGCUGAGCCAAGUACUCCACCGCCACCCAAGGUCACUUACAAAGCUCCUGUUCCAAUUGGACGAGUACACUUUGCAGAAUCAUUUGAUAAAGGCACUUUGGAUGGCUGGGUCCGAUCCAAAGCCAAAAAAGAAGAUACUGAUGAAGAUAUUGCAAAAUAUGAUGGAAAGUGGGAGGUAGAAGAUAUGAAAGACACUAAACUCCAUGGGGACAAAGGACUGGUUCUCAAAACUCGUGCUAAACAUCAUGCAAUUGCAGCAUUAUUGGACCAACCAUUCGUGUUUGACGACAAGCCACUUUUUCUUCAGUAUGAAGUGAAUUUUCAGAAUGGAAUUGAAUGUGGUGGAGCAUACAUUAAGUUACUAUCAAAAACCAAAGACUUGAGUCUGGAGAAGUUUUAUGACAAGACCCCGUACACCAUCAUGUUUGGCCCAGACAAGUGUGGUGAAGAUUACAAACUCCACUUCAUCAUCAGGCACAAGAACCCAAAAACUGGCGAGUAUGAGGAAAAGCAUGCAAAGCGCCCUGACGUGGAUCUCAAAAGCUAUUACACAGACAAGAAGACUCAUCUGUACACUCUAGUGCUCAACCCUGACAACUCAUUUCAGGUUCUGAUUGACCAAACGGUUGUCAACAGUGGCAACCUACUCGAAGACAUGACUCCUCCCAUUAAUCCGCCAAAAGAGAUUGAAGAUCCUGAUGAUCAGAAACCUGAAGACUGGGAUGAGAGACCAAAAAUUUCUGACCCUGAUGCAGUCAAACCUGAUGACUGGGAUGAAGAUGCUCCUGCUAAGAUUCAAGAUGAAAGUGCUGUGAAGCCUGAAGGAUGGCUUGACGAUGAGCCUGAGUACAUCCCAGAUCCUGAUGCUGAAAAACCAGAGGACUGGGAUGAAGAAAUGGAUGGUGAGUGGGAGGCCCCUCAAAUAGCCAAUCCAAAGUGUGAGUCUGCUCCCGGGUGUGGGACCUGGAAAUUGCCGAUGAUUGAUAACCCAGAUUACAAGGGAAAAUGGAAGGCUCCAAUGAUUGACAACCCCAACUACCAGGGUGUCUGGAAACCAAAGAAGAUUCCUAAUCCAAAUUACUUCGAGGAUCUGCAUCCGUUCAGAAUGACCACUUUCAGUGCUAUUGGCUUGGAACUAUGGUCAAUGACAUCUGAUAUCUUCUUUGACAACUUCAUAAUCUGCUCUGACAAGGCAGUGGUUGACCAAUGGGCGUAUGAUGGCUGGGGUCUGAAGAAAACAGCAGAAGGUGCUGCUGAGUCAGGAGUAGUUGGACAGCUGAUGUCAGCAGCUGAAGAACGCCCAUGGCUCUGGGUUGUGUACAUCCUAAUCAUCGCCUUGCCUGUGUUUCUGGUUAUUGUGUUCUGCUGUACUGGAAAGAAAGAUGCUGCUGCAGAGUACAAAAAGACUGAUGCCCCACAGCCUGAUGUAAAGGAUGAAGAGGAGAAAGAAGAGCAGAAGGAGGAAGAAGAGAAAAAGGAGACAGAAGAGGAAAAGAUAACUGAAGAGAAGCAGAAGAGUGAUACGGAGGAUGCUCUGGAAAAUGCAAGCCAGGAGGAGGACGAGGAUGAAGAGGAGCAGAAGGGGAUAGAGGAGAAGCCAAGUGCUGAGCAAGCUGAUGAAAAGAAGGACAGUGCCAAUGCAAAGCCGCAGAGUGACUGAGAUGUUACUGUCAUAACGUCGAUUGGGCAUGACUUGGGACUUCAAAGGCGAGACCAUCAUUUCUGGGACUUGAGAGCUGAACUUUUUACAGGAUUUCAUGAGACAAACUGUGCGCAACAAUAAAAACCCCUAUACCAUACUGACCAAACACUAGGUAGACCAGGUUAUUGUACGUGUUCAGCAAGGACUGAAAUCUGAAUUGAAAUGUGCUUUAUGUAUACAUGACUAGAAACAAAUUCCUGCUUAUUUACAGUCUCAAAUUCCUGGUAAUCUUCAAUUGGAUUUCAGGCUUGCUAAAUUUUAGAAAUGCUCACUCGAUUCAUUGCCUUAUUGCGAAAAAAGGAUGGAAGGGGUGGGGCAAGUGGGGAAUCUAAUGGGACUCUAAUGAUAUUAGCUUUAACUGGAGGCGAUGUUGCAUUGGCAGACCACUUUUCCAAAAAGUCCCAAAAUGAAAUCCUGUUAAUUCCAACAGAAAUGCUUCCUAGUCUUGUGUCCUGAGAGUACCUGGGAUUGGUGGAAUAGGGAGAUUAAUGCAGGUAAGUCCAUUUCCAUUACACAUCCUAAUUUGUCUUGAACUUAUUCCUGCUUCAUCCUUAUUGGGAGCUAUUAGUAGAAGCUUAGCGUGCUAGCUUUAUUGACCUGUGCCAGCCUUACCAUCAGCUCCCUGUCAUGCCCACUCUCCUACUUCCUCAUCAGAGGGGGAGGGAGAAUUUGCAUCUCCCCAAUCUGGAACCAGUACUGUCAUCCUGUUUUGAUUUGUUUCCACCCCUCCCACCUCACACCCUUUCCUUUCAGAGUUGCAAAGAUUUUAAAUCCUUGAAAAUCUGUAUACGAGGUGGGGAGGGAAUGGGGUUAGGUGGAAAGUUGAAGAUGUUGAGCAACCACACAGAAAAGCAUUGAAUACAUAUGUGGCAAACAGUAUUAAUCUUAUAAGUAUAUGAACAUGGCUAAGCUUGCACAAACAGCUGAGAUAUCUUCAUUGUGGAACUUGAUUUGUCUUUGUGAAAUAUCGCACCAUUGUAUACUGCUUGACACUAGGUCAAAAGUAAUGAGUACCCAUUUAAUUAAAGUCAUUUACCACAGGGGAAUGAUCCAACCCUAGUUAGUAAAGCAUGGUGCUACAGGCCAUUCUGGUGUGGUCUAAGUUUCUUGUUUUUAAAACUGCACAGCUCAAGAUCUUUUGGUGACAAACCCACCUGAGCUACUGUAUCUGUUUUUUUUUCCCUUUCCCCUAAUAUCUAAGCUUGCUUUUAAAACUGCUCUUUGGUUCUUGAGUCUGUCUUUGGUGUCACCAUUUUGCCAUAUAUUGGUAAUUUUUUUGUUGUACUGGUAGGAGAAUCUAUCUCUGAGGCGCACUGAUAAAAUGCUUUAGUGGGUGGGGAAGGAAAGGGUAUGCUGAUGUAAAUUAGACCAAUCCAACUCACUCCUGGGUGAAUUUUCCAGUCCACUAACUUUCGGGCACAUCUAAUGACAGCAAGCUCCAGGAUGCUGGACAUAGUAAAGCAAGACAAAUUUGGGUGAGGAAGUACUCAUUAUCUGUGCAUUUACAUAUUUCUAUUCUAAUUCCCUGUCUCUCUUGUUGGACCAGCUGAGUUAUAAAAGCAGUGUGGUCUUUUGCUCUCAAGCAUUUCCUGCUAGCCAUGUUCUACUGCACUGAAUUGUCUGAUUUUUAUUUUUUGCUGCUGCUGCCAUUGAUUUGAAGUUCAAUGAAGGGAUCUAACUCGAUUAACUACAAUACCUAUACCAAACCUGCCACCCCUCCCCAGCCUGGCUGAGCUCCAUAAAUAUUUAAGAUUUGCUGUUUGGUUUAAUUUUGGUUAAUUGCCUUGUUGAACUGUAAUCACUCAUAGAGUUCAUGAUUUGUUUUAAUCUGAUAGGGUAUACUGAAGUUACUGCAACACCAGUAGUUUUGUGUUGGAGGAGAGAUGGCAAAUGUGGCCUUGACAGUUGCAGUGUGCUCAGUGAGAGAGCACUAAAGCUGCUCUGGUGUCUUGUAGGAUAGCCCAGAAUGUAAAUGUUGGCUUUCCCAUGAGAUCAUUGUCAUGAUUCUACCCUUUUUGCUGAAUAUGUACCUUGGUGUUUAAGGCAUCUAAUGAUCUAUGUGGCUACAUAUUUUCACUCUGAGACUUCUACAAGUAGUUAAACGUCUAAAUGAGGAAACUCUGGCAUAGUUUCCUAUUGACACAGUUGAUAAUGCCAAGAAUGUCUGACUGUCACCAUUAAAAUUUACCCUGGUUAUAGCAGCAUUGUUGAACACUGGUAGAAUUUCCAAUUAAAAUACCCAAGAGGGGAUUUCAAAACUUGUAGACACCAAGGUUUUAAUGUAACAGCAAAAGGUUAAAUGUCAUCUUUCGCUUGUAUUCACAACUACCUUUUUGUGUACUCAUAAGACAAAUUCUUAAUACUGAGCUGGGGUAACUUGUGAAUGGUUUGUGACUGAGAAACUUUGAACAGUGGACUGCAACAAGCAAUACAACAAGGCAAAUCUGAUCCAGAUGGGAAGAUUGAUGCAAGCAAAUUUAAACAUGCCUUUUGAAUUGGCAAGAGAAGUUCACUGAUUUCUUUCAAUUUGCUGAGUAAUAUUUUCUUUACAAUGUUGUCAAUUUAUAAUUUGAGGUCUAAUGUUCACUUUUUUAAAGAGAAAUAUUAUACAGUAUACUUUUGCCACCUAGUUUGAAGAGUCUCCAUUCUACUAUAUGGGUGACUUGAGUAGUGUAGAUACACUAACCCCUUGAUGGUUCAAAGGUAGCACACAAUGACCUUUUUCAAAGAUGUUUUAUAAGUUUUAAAAAUGCUGGUUAUGUAUAGAGAUUGGUAUUAGACAAAAUUGACUUAGUUUGUAUCCCAGGUUAAAUUAUGUUUGAGUACAUCCCUUACAGGAAUGAAAGUUCAAGAUCAUGUGAUUAAAAUUGAUUCCUGCAACUAAAAAAUAUUAAUUAAAAUACAUGUCUGGCCUCCUUCAUUGUGCUGGCAUCUACACCUAAA